CAAUAGAUAUGCGUGGUUUCUGACAGCUUCCUCGACGACACGGACUUGGACCCAAAUAUCAUACCUCGAUCUGGUGACGUUGUUGCCUGGCUUUGAUCUUCUUUGAUCGUCGGCCGAGGUUGCGGAGAAACCGCGAUGCUCACCUUCCGGAAGUCGCUCUUCGCGGCUGUUCUGUUGAUUACCUUCAUUGUCUACCUGAGAUCCUCGCAUUCCGCCUCUUCCCUUCCGUCUCCAGAUUCGGCCUCCGCAGGAAACAUCUACAAUGAGGAUCAACCAAAGAGUGAUCAAAAGGGUGGAGACAAGGACACCGUACAACAGCUACCGCUGAUGCCCCCACCGACCGCCCCCUUGCGCGAUCGCUUGCGCUACCAUUUCCCUUACGACUUGGAAGCCAAGUUCCCUGCAUACAUCUGGCAAACAUGGAAGUAUACGCCCUCGUCCAUGUUUUUCAGCGAAAGCCUUCGUGAUCCAGAGUCCAGCUGGUCCGAGUUACAUCCUGGAUUCGUUCACGAGGUUAUUCCGGAUGACACACAGCGCCAUCUGAUCAAGUAUUUGUUCGGCGCUGUCCCUGAUGUGUAUGAGGCUUAUGAUUCCAUGCCCUUGCCCGUUUUGAAGGCCGAUUUCUUUCGCUAUUUGAUCCUCCUGGCGCGUGGUGGGAUUUACAGCGAUAUCGAUACGACAGCAUUGAAGCCCGCCUCCGACUGGCUGCCGUCCGAGCUUGACCUGGCUACAGUCGGGGCAGUGGUCGGCAUCGAGGCUGAUCCUGACCGUCCCGACUGGCAUGACUGGUAUGCACGCAGAAUUCAAUUCUGUCAGUGGACCAUCCAAGCCAAACCGGGACAUCCCAUCAUGCGUGAUAUCGUGUCAUAUAUUACCGAGGAGACUUUGCGGAUGAAGAAGGCAGGGAUCCUGAAGACUGGCAAGAUGGACAAGACUGUCAUGGAGUACACUGGCCCGGGCGCUUGGACAGAUGCCGUUUUCCGGUACUUCAACAACCCGGACUACUUCAACAUUGAGCCCGGCUCUACCUUGAAUGUCACCUAUGAAGACUUUACGAACCAGCAAGGGUAUAAGAAGGUGGGAGAUGUGGUGGUGUUGCCCAUCACUAGCUUCAGCCCCGGAGUGCACCAAAUGGGUGCCGGCGACAUUGAUGAUCCAAUGGCGUUUGUAAAACAUCACUUUGGAGGCACCUGGAAGGACGACCCAUCUCUAUGAGCCCCUAAUCUCCUACUUUCCUACACCGCGAUUUUCGCAAGGAUC